CUUUCUGCGGUUUUUACCUGGGCUGGGGUGUCACGUAGUCUUUGCCAAGGGGCUGCCAGCAGCUCCAGCAGCUCCAGCAGCUCCAGCGCCAUCAGCCUCCCGUUCCGGCUCCUGGGCCCGCUGGAUCCCCGUGAGAGUCCCCUGUAUGUGGGAGGGACUCCACAAACGCAGAUCAAAUACACGUUUCCAUUUACAUCAAACAAAAGAAAAACGGGAUCUUCCAUGCACCUGUUGAUCUCUGCCAUCUAUGCCUUAGGUGGAGAUCUGUAUCUGGGGAAGAGAUAAGAGCAUGAAUCUGGCCUAAGUUUCCCUCUCCAGAGCCCAGUGAACAAACGUCACAGCCCCAGGUCUUGGACUCACGAGUUCCUUCACUGCCCUGAUGGCUACUAGCAGCCUAGCCCACAGCCCGCUGUACCGGGUGCUGGUCCGGGUAUCUGAGAGCUGCUCUGGAAUGGAAAAGAAGCUGCAAAAGUAUUUCCAGAACCCAUGGAGGUCCGGGGGAGGCAAGUGCAGGGUGAAAGCUGGUCCCCGAGAAGGCACGUUCUGGGUAGAGUUUUAUAAAAGACAAGCCAAGGAAGGUGUGAUGGCAAAGAAAGAUCACUCUGUGGCGAUCGGUGCUGCAUCACAUGUGAACAUCUUCCUAGAAACAAAUGAAAACUCAGGAGAGAACAACAUUUUGGACAUAAACCAGCUUUCUUUUCUCCCAGAGGAUUUUCUAGAUGAUCACCCACAUGGAGGUGGCUCCUCUAAUUCCUUCAUUCAAAAUAUAUUUCUUGAUGUGGAGGCUGAGCUGAACUUCAAGCUUUCCAGAGAGCAAAAGGAGAUGAUUUUUAACCUCUGCCCAAAUCUCAAAAUAGAGGGAAGCUGUGAUGGAACUGAGACAGUGAUUGGCGACUACCAAGAUAUUGAAAAAAUUUAUCAAUUCUUAAGUGAGAAGAUGAUGGAAAAAGAACAGAAAGAAGAUUUGGCCCACUCAGCCUCAGCAAGAGAAAGUGACCAAAAUAUGCCAAAUGACUGUGACAGUCCUACUCUUCCCUCCAAAACCAAACACAGAACAGAAGAAGAGUCAGACUUUGUCUUGGUUCCUUCACAUCUGUACGAAUAUUUCAAAUAUUUUUUUACUGAAACUCUGGACAGAAUAGAAAGUGAUUAUCAAGUACACAUCAAAAGCACUAUGACAUAUCCUACAGGCAAUGUUUCUUUAGAGUUUGAGACAAAUAAUCCAGAGGAUAGAAAAGCGGCUCAAGAAACUUUUACCAGACUAUUUCAGAGGGAAAUACAGAACGUGAUCCGUCAGGAUAUUCAUUUCGCAGAUAAUAAGCUGGCCCUCGACGUCCAAAAAACCCUGACUGAAAUGUUUAAAUACCUCCACGUUAAAGUUGAAGGAAAAGUCUUAAUCCUCUGGGGAAACCCACAGGAUAUUUUCAAAGCUCAACAUUUCAUUGAAUCAAACUUCUCCCGCAAACAAUCUGUGGGAAUGAUGGCUUCCCAAAAUAUGUUGGAGAAUCAAGUGGAGAUUGAUACCACUCAUUUGCGUAUUCUGCGCCAAGAAAUCAGAGAAAUAGAGAAAAAAUUUGACACCGUAGUGGAAUUAGUGAACCUUGCCCAAACUCGGAAAACCCUCCUUAUAUUUAAACCAAAACACAGAGAUGUAGACCUCUCUGCACACGCUUGUGAAAAUUUCAUCGAGGUCUUUCACAUGCUCUUACCUCAGAUUGUCAAAGAGGUAGUGGUCCUGAAACCAUUUAACCAAGAGAGAAGCUGUUGGCCUGAAAAGUUGUUCUUUGAAGACUUUGAAAGAAUGUACCCCUAUGUAAACUUGGAGUGGAAUAUACAUGAAAUGAUACUGACUGGUUUGCCCAAGUACCUUGGAGAAGCACUGAAAUAUGUUAAGAAAUAUUUUGGUCUUGAAGGUCCUGCUCAGCCAAGAAAAGCAUCAGCUACUUCCCUUAGAGGUAAUUGGAAUAGAGAGUCCAGAUCCCCAUUGGACAAAAAUGGUGAUGAUUUCAAAAAGGCCUUACCUAACUCCAAGGGAUUGCCUAGCUGUGGGGAUUUAGGAAGAGAGAAAAAAGAGGAAGAGAAUGAGGAGUGUGUCAUCUGUCUGGAAGUCAUUCGCCAGAAGGAAGUCCUCCCAAAGUGCAAGCAUGGGUUCUGUGGCUCUUGUAUCAAAGAGGCCAUGAAACAUAAGCCAGUGUGCCCUGUAUGCCAGACUUUCUACGGUGUUGUGAAAGGAAAUCAGCCAGAUGGAACAAUGACAACCUCUUACAGAACCUCUUCACUUCCUGGUUAUAAUUCAUGUGGCACCAUUGUGAUUCAGUAUGACAUGCGGGGAGGCAUACAGACGGAAGAGCAUCCCAACCCAGGAAAACGCUAUGAAGGAACAAGACGGGUGGCAUACUUGCCAAAUAAUGAAGAAGGACGCCAGGUUUUGAAUCUCCUCAGAAGAGCUUUUGACCAAAAGUUGAUUUUCACAGUAGGACAGUCUCAAACAUUAGGAGUCAAGGAUGUGAUCACUUGGAAUGAUAUUCACCACAAAACUCUGCAGUUCGGCGGGCCAGAAAACUUUGGUUACCCUGAUCCCAAUUAUCUGCAACGAGUCAAGAUGGAGCUGAAGGCAAAAGGAAUCGAGUAAGAGUGCUGACUUCAAGGAUGCCUUGAGAGCUGGGCUUGCAAGAGCUGUAGCUGUGGACAGUAAUCAAAGCAACUAUUAAAAUAUGUGUGUUUAGUCAUCGUUUAGAGAAAAAGAAAAUAAUCUGAAAAGAAUUUAGUUUGUUUAGAGGUGAGUGGGAUGAACUCUGCUAACCUGUCUAAUUCCUUGGUAGGAAUGUAAAAGUUGCUCUACUAAGAACCCAAAGUAUAUUUCUCAGUGUUUUCCUGCCUAUAUCCAUUUUGCUGUGUCACCAGAGAUUUUGGAGUUAAGGAAUAUUCUGUAUCACCUUCACAAGAUGAUGACUGACCCUCAAAUCCAUUCACAUUAUUUGUGGUCAGCUGUUGGUGGCCUCAGAAUUCACCAGAAUUCCUUCUAAUUGGCAUUGAAUCUAGGAACAUUAAAAAGACUUGAAGACAUCUUAAAGAAAAUUACAGUUUCCAAAUACUUGCAUGAAUCCUUCACAUCAGAAAGAAACUGUCCAUCCUUGGGGCUCUGGCAAAUUUAAUGUAAAUUAAGGAAUGGGGAAAGAUAUUUCUGUCUUCAGUCAAGUACAGUGACUUCCAAUCACUUUCAGGAACAAAUAGAAACCCUUCAUAACCUUGCCCCUCACUUUACUCCCCAACUAUGGACUCUGUGAUUCAGUGAUACUGUUCUCCUGGACAUUCCUUGUACAAGAAACUCCAUCUCUCUGGAUUGUGCAUUUUCACUGGAUAUUCCCCAUACCUGGAAUUCUUUCCCUCCUCAUUUCUACCUACUGGCUUCCCUGACUUCUUUCAAGUCCUACUUAAAAUGCCACCUUCUACAUGAAGCCUUUCCUAAAUCCCUUUAAUACUAGUGCUUUUUCUAUGUGGAUUAUCUCAAUUUGUCCUGUAUGUAGAUUGUUUAUACAUAGUUGUUUGCAUAUUGUCUUUCCCUUUAGACUAUGAGCUACUUGAGAGUGGAUAUUGUGUUUUGCCUUCUUUUGUAUCCUCAGCACUUAACAUAGUGCCUAGAAUAUAGUAGGCACUUAAAUACUUGUUGACUACUUUGGGCAGGCUCAUUGAGCUGGGAAUCAGAGUUUUCAGAUAUUUAGGCAACUAGCAUUGGCUCGUUUGCUGCCCUGGUUCACUGCAUUCGAAGCUCACUUUGUAGUGCAUCUUGUGGCAAUUGCUCUGUUUGUCUAGACUUAGUGAGACCAUAUUCAUAUAAAAAUAUUUUCUAACUUUUGAUCUCCACAAAGUGGUCUGUUCAAUUUACCAUUAUUUUAGGUGUCCUCUCAAAAGGGUAGUUGUAGGGCAACAGAUAAAAUGCCCACUCAUUUCUGAAUAAGUCUACCUUUUGUAUUUGCUACAAAAACUAAGCAUAAAUAUUCAUGAAGAGCUUAAAUACUGGAUCAUGUGGCACUGCUUAGAGAAUGAAAGAGAACCCCUGAUACAGAGAGGUUCCUUUCCCAGUUACAAACAGUUUAUUGCUGAUAAUGCCACACCCUAUCGCUCCAGUGCAGAUAAGUAUUGUAGCUUAAAUGAUGUCUAGUUGGUUCUUCUCUAAAUAAUUAAAUCAUCUGGAUCUAGUUCUAUGUUUAUUUUAGGGGAUACAUGAUUUAAUGGCUGUGUCAGAUGCUUCUAAUAAAGUCAAAACUGUGUUAUAAUCAGAAAAAAAGUUGUGGUGUGUAAAAAAAUUAUUAACUAUUUCUGUGUUUUUGCAUUUGUUUGCAAUAUCUCUGUUAUCUAAAUUGACUUGGUCAAUUUUUGUAAAAUUUCCGUGCACUAUUGUGAAAUGUGUUUAUUCUAUUGGAGUUCCAUUUAGAAGAUGCCAGAAGCCUUCUGAUCUCAUUUGUCCAGCAAUUUGUUUAAUUCCAUAUUUCCCUUUUUUUGUUUUGAUUUAUAUUAAAAUUAUUCCAAAUUGAGAGAUAUUGAUAAUUCACUAUGUAAACACAUUCAUUUAUGAGGUACAAAUGAGCAAUUCCCUCAUGAGCUAGGAAGAUGCCUGAGUCUCAAAAGUGGAUAAUUCAAGAGCCAAAAUUAUUGGGGACCAAAGCACAGUGUGAAGGCUGGGAAGGCAUAAUGAAUUAAGGUGGACACUUUGGUGGAAUAAACAACUUUAAAUUUCCUUCAAAUGUCUAGAAAAGAUGUGAAUCACAGGAAUGCUUAAAUUUGGAUAAGCCAGAUACACAGUGUAACUUAAUCAAAUUUUCCUUCUUUUCUUACCAAUAAAAAUAGGUACUCCAAUGGCA